AUGUCUCCGAAAGAUAUAGAUAUAAGGAUCAAAUGCACAGAGAAGAGUAAAAGGAAGGGUAAAGGUGUACGAGGAAGCCAUAACUCUUCUAGUGCUUCUGAAGAUCCCCUAUUAAAUGUACGCACUCCCCCUGGGAGCAUACACUACAAAGAAUGCCAUACGAUUAAUAUAAGAAAUCUCCGUCACCUAACAUAUGGUAGCGAAGAACUUACUAUUGCAGAUGGUGGAUCUACUAAACUUACCACUGAACACCCUGAGAUAGAGGAGAUCUCUGUUUGCUAUAAUGUCAACUAUGAUGGUGGUGAGUAUAUAAAGAAGCCUCUUAUACUCAAACUUAAAGAACACAAAAACCUUGGCAAGGUUAUUUACUAUGAAAAUACUGGGGAUAACAAGACAUGGAUGAAAAUAAAAGAUCCUCGGUUUGAUCAUUGGGAUCCUAAGAAACAAGCUCGUGCACUUAAGGAAAAACUUCAAGAGCUCACCUGUAGAUUCUUUAGGCCGGCAAUCAUAGAUGUCUCAUUUCCUAAAACUGGAGAGUAUGAGAAUCAGUACUGUAUAAAGAAAGGAUGUAAGAAGAAGGUAUCUCAUGAUAAAGUGCAAGUUAAAGAUUACAAUGAGGAGCUCAGCUCGGAAAACUAUACUGCCUUUGGGCAUACCUGCGGAGGGGGUAACUUUAUAAUCACAGGUUUUAAAAGUACUAAUUCAAAAGGUAAUAGUCAAGUAACCUUUCCAAUAUUGGAUGUAGAAAGGGUAAUCGUUUAUUUUUCCACUUGUGGUAAGAAAAACACUCCUCUUUUGGUCCAUGUUAGCAGUAAUGAUGAGAAAACCAAUAAGUGGUACAAGAAUGAGGGUGAUGGUAAAUGGACAGAGAAGCUCGGAACUAAGGAUCCACAGACAAGUGGCAAUCUCUUAACUACUCUGAAUGAGAUUAAGGAGGAGCUAAAACUUAUCUGUUCAGAAGAAAACCCCAAUGUCACUAAACCACAAGGAGUACUACGUUCUAAAGAAACUGUAGAAAAAGAAUCUGAAGAUGGUGCUAUACCUGCUCAACCUCCUGCUGUAGUUCCACCCUUUCCAGGUGGUAAAGGAUCUGUUAGUCCUAGUGGUAAUGCUACUCAACUUUCACCUGUAGAAGGUGAACAAUCUCUUGUUACCGUUUAUAGCUUAACCAGUGCUCCUGCCCCUUCACCACCGCCUCCACCUGUUCUUCCUGGACCUCAACGAACUGCUAGUUAUAUAGGCGGCUAUAGGAGUACUACUGAUUUUUUUGGUCUACCUGGAGCUGCUGGAGUAACUACUGCCCAAAAGGGUGAAAAAGGUGAACUUGGUGCCCCUGAACCUCCCAAGUCUGCUGCUCAAAAAACCCCUCCUAAAACCUCUUCUGAUUGGGAAGUAAUCACUGGAAUAGUCUCUUCUGUCCUUGGCACUUCUGCCUUGGCUUGUUUUGCUGGAUGGAAACUUUAUAAUCGCUAUAAAGGAGACCCUUGGGUUAGACAAAUAUGA